CUGCAGGUUCUGGAGCGGAGGGCCGCGGAGUCGCCGUUCCUGACGUCAUCAGCGCUCGCCGCGAGCGUCCGGCGGGCUGAGCUCCGCUGUGCGAUCUGCGCCGCGAUGCUGCGGUUGUGCCGGGCCGCUUCGCAGGCCUGGCUUCGACCCUCUGGCUCCCGGGUCCUCAGCUCGCUAGCGGAGGACGCGACACGGCCAGCCGAGAGCUCGGAGCCGGGGGAUAACGUGGGCCCCCUAGAUCCCGUGUUGCGCAAGUGCGAGCUUCGGAUCCCGGCGCACCGGCGCCCGGUGCAGGCCUGGGUCGAGUCGGUGCGAGGCUUCGAGCCGGAGCGCGUCGGCCUGGCAGAGCUGCACCCUGAUGUGUUUGCCACGGCGCCCCGGCUGGACAUUCUGCACCAGGUUGCCACCUGGCAGAAGAACUUCAAGAGAAUCAGCUACGCCAAGACCAAGACCAGGGCUGAGGUGAGUGGUGGUGGCCGCAAGCCCUGGCGACAGAAGGGCAGUGGCCGUGCCCGGCAUGGCAGCAUCCGUUCCCCCCUGUGGCGGGGAGGAGGCGUAGCCCAUGGUCCCCGGGGCCCUACAAGUUACUACUACAUGUUGCCCAUGAAAGUGCGGGCACUGGGCCUCAAGGUGGCCCUGACUGUCAAGCUGAUGCAGGAUGACCUACACAUCGUGGAUUCCCUGGAGCUGCCCACUGCAGACCCUCAGUACCUGACAGAGCUGGCCCAGUACCGCCACUGGGGGAGUUCCGUGCUCCUUGUUGACUUGGAACAUGAGGAGAUGCCCAAGAACGUGGUGGAGGCCACCUCUGGGCUCAAGAGCUUCAACCUGAUCCCUGCAGUCGGCCUGAAUGUGUACAGCAUGCUCAAACACCAGACUCUGGUCCUCACCCUGCCUUCCGUCGCCUUCCUGGAGGACAAGCUACUCUGGCAGGAUUCAAGAUACACUCCACUCUACCCCUUCCGCUUGCCCUACAGUGACUUCCCCUAACCCUGCCCUGGUCACCUAGAGGCCCAUCCCACUUGGGGGCCAAGUCAGCCCACCAGCAAUCCUGCAAGAAAAGCUGUUCCCUGGAAGCUACUGAGCCUUGGUGCCAGGAGGUUAACUGCACAGAGCCAAGAAGAAUGCCUCCCUGGGGAUCUCUUUUGUCACAUUAAAAAUGAACUCUGUUUUUCACAAUACUUGGAAAUGGAGGUGGUCACUGUGUGUGUGUGGGAUUCUAUCAACUCAGGCUGUUCAUCCUAGGUGCCUUUCCUCCGGGGCUCACAACCUGCUUUGAUGGCAGCCUUGGGGCUGCCAAUACAAAUUGCCAGGAGGGUCGGGUGGUGGUGGCACAUGCCUGUAAUCCCAGCACUUGGGAGGCAGAGGCAGGUGGAUCUCUGUGAGUAUGAGGCCAGCCUGGGCUACUGAGUGAGAUCUAGGACAGGCUCCAGAGCUACAGAGAAACCCUGUCUCGAAAAAACAAAAAACAAAACAAAAAAAACCCCAACCAAAUUGCCAGGAGGAACUUCUUCCUGCUGAGGCAGAUGCUGGAGUGUGCGUGGGUGCCAAGCUAGCAGCCUGCAUUCACCCCUAGGAGGGUCUGCCACCUGUGUGCCACGCAGGCUGCUUCUGACAGCUUCAGGCCCAGAAUCAGACAAGCCAAUGUCUCCUGUUCUUAUGAUAAAACAAAUAAAUCUGAUUAAAGACACCA